AGUUAUUUCUAUAUUGAUUAAUAAAAUAGAUUAGAUUCAUUUCUUAUGAAGAAUUUCGAAUUUCAAUGUUUCUAGUUGCUGAUAUAAUGUUUUCUAAGUAAUAAAAUGAGUACUGAAUUGCAUAAUUAUAUUCUGUUUAAACAUGGACUUAACACUUAAACUCGAUUAGAUCAUUUUCUCAUAUUAAGAAUUUAAUUAUUAUUUUCGAUAAUAUUUCUAUAUCAUCAAUUAUUUUACAAUAGAAUUUUUUUCUUGAAAUAAAUUUGUUUUAUCAUUUAAAAUCUUACUGUUUAAGGUAAAUCAAUUGAAAAAGUAAAUAAUUCUUCAUUAUUAAGUUCAACAUCUCGAAAAAAUGAUAAUAAAAAAUCAAUAAAAAAACAAUCAUUUUCAACAUCAUUAUUACAAAUUCCAAUAAAACGACGUUUACAUUUAACUAAUUAUCAUACAAAUGAUAAUACUAAUCAUUUUUUAUCAAAUUUUAUUAUUCAUAAUGAUCAAUUGAAAAAAGAAAAUAAAUAG